GUCUGCUACGCAAAGCAGUGGCUCGGGAACAACUCUGCCCGCGUUUCCAUACACGGGUUCGUCUACGUGAGCAGGAGACGGAGUCGAGUUCUCCACUUUGAAUAAACAAGGACUGCGUUCCUCCACUGGUGUCUGCUUUCAAAUGAAUCAGUGAUGAGAGUGGCCGAGAGGAGAGACGGACGCUUUUCUCCUGUGUGGACCUGCCGAGCGCAAAAGUGCGCUCCGUGGUUCGGCAUCAUCUUCAUCCUCCGCUCCUGAGAUCAACCCAAAUCCAAAGACGCGCGCCGAGAUCCACACGAGCCCCCCGUGCGAGGCAGCAUAUGUACAUAGGCUUCUUCCAGAACUGACGGAGGAAGCAUACCGCUGCAAUCUUCUUGCUGAAAAAGAAGAUGAAGGAUGUCUGCAAGCAGAGGAAAAACUACACAUAGAAGAUGGCAACUAUUGUAGCUGUUGCGAUAGCUCCGCCCUGAUUCAUUGAUAAGAAAAUGUGCCGCAGACUGAUUCGCCCUCCUUCUCCAGUUCAUAUUCAAUGGCAGACAAAGACUGCAUUUCUUACUGCUCCUGGUACCACUCAGUUCAAAAAGUCAGCUCUGGUCCGUAACUAAGCCACAGUCUUCUCUCUGACUACUGACUCUUUGCAAGUCUCCACUUCAGUUUGUCACCAUGGCCUGUUUUCUGGCAUCAGCCUUUCUCCUGGUUCUUCAGACAUAUGCUGCCCCACCUGAGCUUGUCCAGGCAGGAUUUGAUAUCACACUGGACCCCAUGGACCUUGAUACCGGCCCACUAGCCAACAUCUCUGGAGACGUAACCACAUCUCCACCCCCGGGAACAAGCAAACGAGCCCCACAUACUAUCAUUAUUGGGGUACGCAAAGGUGGCACAAGAGCGCUGUUGGAGAUGCUGGACAUACACCCUGAGGUUGCUGCUGCUGCCACCGAGGUGCACUUCUUUGACUGGGAUGAGAACUAUGCCAAGGGCUUUGAGUGGUACCGUGACUUAAUGCCCUACUCUUACCCACACCAGAUCACAAUAGAGAAAACUCCAGGCUACUUUACGUCAGCCCUUGCACCAGAACGUAUCUGUGCCAUGAACUCGUCCAUUAAGCUGCUGCUGAUCUUGCGAGACCCAGCUGAACGGGUCAUCUCCGACUACACCCAGGUUUAUUUUAACCGGCUUGAGAACCACAAACCAGUUCAAGCCAUCGAAAACCUGCUAGUCCGCAAUGGAGCCCUGAAUAUGAGGUACAAGGCCAUUCAGAGAAGCCUGUAUGACGUCCACAUGCGCAACUGGCUGCGCCACUUUCCCUUGGAACAGAUACACAUAGUAGAUGGGGAUGCUCUGAUCCGUGACCCCCUUCCAGAGCUUCAGAAGGUGGAGCGCUUCCUCAAUUUGCCUCCUAGGAUAGUAUCCUCCAACUUCUACUUCAAUCAGACCAAGGGGUUUUAUUGCAUCCGCAGUGAUGGUCGAGAGCGCUGUCUGCAUGAGUCUAAGGGACGGCCUCAUCCAGCUGUUAACAGCACUGUGCUCCAGCAGCUCCGCUCCUACCUGCAAGAACACAACCGCACCUUCUUCAGGCUGGUGAAGCGCACCUUCGACUGGCAAUAAAAAACACAGCUCGCGUUCUUAACAGAGCCACUAUCUUGUCUGUGACGAGGACAAAAAAAAAAGAAGGGGGGGCUGUGAAGCACUUUACGGACAUUUAAAAACUUUCGAAUAGCCUCUUAAUAACUACAGUUGUAAUCUCUGGUUUCAGCAGAGAGGAGUUCUAUAUUUACACAAUAUGGCAAAAAAUGUGAAAAACUGUAACUAGAGGUGUAAGAUUAAAAAGAAGAACCUUCAAGCUUAAUAAGUCAUUCUCUCUGUGCUGGAAGUGUUAAGUGGUGAAAUUGAAAACAAGUUUAUGGAAC